ACUCUUAGUAAUGUGACGCAAGUCAGCCCAGAACAAUUCCCACAAUGCACAAUGCCCGUGUUUGGAUGCAGAGCGAAUGACUACCGUAUUUUAAGUGCGACCUUACCAAAACUGGUACUGUCCAGAUGAGUUGGACUACAACGUCCAUUGGCCAUGCUGGUUGGCGUGAUGGAAAUUAUAGUCCUUGCCACUGCCCGGGUUCUGAGAGAGCCGGAGUGGGAGUGGAGGCUGGAGAGGCCUGUGCCGCUCUCCUACUCGGUGUACGACGGGCCAUCACCGCAGCCUCCACUCGUUUUCCUGCACGGACUUUUCGGAAGCAAAUCCAACUUCUCAUCCCUGGCCAAAAAGUUGGUGCUCCAAACUGGGCGCAAGGUGCUGACGGUGGAUGCCCGUAACCACGGCGACAGCCCCCACAGCCCGAGCAUGAGCUACGAAGCGAUGAGUGGAGACGUCCAGCUCCUCCUGCGCCAGCUGCGUCUCAGCAGGUGUGUCUUGGUUGGGCACAGCAUGGGCGGCAAGACGGCCAUGGCGCUCGCACUGACGUGGCCAGAGCUGGUGGAGCGCCUGGUGUGCGUUGACAUCGGCCCCAGCAGGACGGCAGGCAUCACCCGCUUCCACAGCUUCAUCGCUGCCCUGAGGGCCGUGGACAUCCCCAGCGGCAUCCCUCGCUCCACAGCACGGCGGCUGGCAGAGGAGCAGCUGCAACCGGCCAUUCAGGAGCCAGCCAUCCGGCAGUUUCUGCUCACCAACCUGGUGUAUGCCGAGGAAAGGUUCACGUGGCGUGUGAACUUGGAGUCCAUUUCUCAGCAUCUGGAUGAACUCCUGGGCUUCCCUGACUUCCAGGCACCCUACCUGGGGCCGGUGCUCUUCCUCGGGGGCUCCCAGUCUGGCUACAUCAGUGCCAGGGACCGCCCGGAGAUUGGACGGCUCUUCCCGGAGGCAGAGGUCCAGCACGUUCCUGAUGCGGGGCACUGGGUGCAUGCCGAUCAGCCCCAGCAGUUCCUCGCUGCCGUUUGCCGCUUCCUUGAGCACCGCCCGCUCUAGAGCCUCCGGACAGAUCUUUGCAAGCAGCCUCCUGGAACGGCAGCUUCUCCCAGCUGGUUGAAUGGCUUCUGCCAAGGGGGCUGGGGUGCCCUCUGGGUGGCCCGGAUUCCUCGGCCCUGCUGCCCCCGCUCAGCAGUCGGCGAGCUCGCCACCGGACCCCUGCCAGCGCCCACCCUGCAGGAAGCACUGGGGACUUCCCUGCGGAAAUUCUGGAAGCAGCUCCAUGCCGGUUGAAAGUGGCUCGUACUGUGUUCCUCGUUCUCUGUACAGUAUUUAAAGUUCAAUAAAACGGGGUUUGUACA